AUGGCCUACGACCGCUACAUUGCCAUCUGCAAGCCCCUGCACUACGGGAGCCUCCUGGGCAGCAGAGCUUGUGCCAAGAUGGCAGCAGCUGCCUGGGGCAGUGGGGUUCUCAAUGCUGUCCUGCACACUGCCAGUACAUUUUCUCUGCCCCUCUGCCAAGGCAAUGCUGUGAACCAGUUCUUCUGUGAAAUUCCCCAGAUCCUCAAGCUUUCCUGUACAGAUGCCUACCUCAGGGAAGUUUGGGUGCUUCUGUUUAGUGCUUGUUUGACAUCUGGAUGUUUUGUUUUCAUUGUUUUUUCCUACGUGCAGAUCUUCAGGGCCGUGCUGAGGAUGCCCUCUGAGCAGGGACGGCACAAAGCCUUUUCCACGUGCCUCCCUCACCUGGCUGUGGUCUCUCUUUUUCUCAGCACAGCCAUUUUUGCCUACCUAAAGCCCCACUCCAUCUCCUCCCCAUCCUCUGACCUGGUGGUGGCAGUUCUGUACUCGGUCAUGCCCCCAACACUGAACCCCCUCAUCUACAGCUUGAGAAGCCAGGAGCUCAAGGGUGCCAUUAGGCAAAUGAUUUCAUGUAUGUUUCUGAGUAGUGAUAGAUUUUCCCUCUUUCUACGCAAGUGA